CGUUUUGCAUGGCCCUGUGGCCCGUCUCAGCGGAGUUUAAAUGUUUUAAAACAAAGGUGUCAAACUCAUUCCACGGAGGGCCGAGUGUCGGUGAGUUUGCGUUAUUCCCUUGUACUUGAGUGAUGAAUUAAGGUCAGUAAUUUGUAAGGAAUUCCUCACACCUGGUGGUCUUGGGCUGAAAUUGAAAGGGAAAAACAAAACCUUUGCAGGCCAUAGGCCAUCCAUGGAAUGACUUUGUCACGCCUGUUUUAGACCAUCCCAUUAUCGGUCCUUAAAGAAAAUCUCCACCCACCCGAGACAGCUGGCCAUGCAAAACGAACUGGCCCAUUGAUACUUCGCUCGACACUGAACAGAAUGACAUCUCCAUACAUUAUUUAAAAACAAAUGUUGGGCCACAUUUGUUGCCUUUGAACUCCUUGUGAAAGUAGGCUACUGUUUUGUCAACUUCAGCACAACGGGAACAGAAAAAAGUGCGCCUAGGCAGGCUACUUGUAAUGUAGUAAUGUAGUCUAUGAGUGACUUGUCUAGUUUACCAUUUGCAAAGCGAAUUAUCGAAUGGUUGUUUAGCGAACCGAAACGUCACAUUUUCAUCUCGGGGAAUGCCUUUACUUUAAAAUACUCAAUUUGCUAACGUGGCAUCACAUAGAGAUUGGUGUCGGUUGUAGUUUCUGAUUGGUGAACUUCGAGUGGUGGUGUAGCUGGUUUGGCAUGUGUCCCAAAACUAGAGUACUGUCAAAAGAUCUGGGAGCUGUCGCAUAGUCAAGCUGGUCCGAACUCUCACUAAAAUGUAAGAGAGAGGCAUACGUGUCUGUAUUGUAUUCACUUACCCGUCUUAGUUAGUAAACUUCAACAUGAGCGGCGAAAAUGAAAAACCCUCCUUGGUUUAUGGCGAAAUCAAAGACAAUCCAAAUGUGUUAGAUCUGGAAAAAAUUACAAUUAUGAAGUCUGCCGUUGACAGCGAGGACGUGCGCAUGGAGCACAAGAUACGACUCAACCAGAACGGGGACGAUACAAACCAAACCAUCAAACUAUACAAGCGGCGUUGGUUCAUCGUGUUGCUAUUCAGCUCGUAUUCUCUCUGCAACUCGUUCCAAUGGAUCCAGUACGGAAUUAUCAACAACAUUUUCAUGAGGUUCUACGGUGUAGAGUCUUUCACUAUAGAUUGGAUGUCUAUGAUAUACAUGUUGACUUACAUCCCCUUCAUAUUCCCGGUCACCUGGCUACUGGAUAAGAAGGGGCUCCGUGUCAUUGCGCUGGUGGCUACGGCCAUGAAUUGCGCGGGGACUUGGAUCAAAGUGACCAGUGUGAGACCCAACCUGUUCGCAGUCACCAUGCUCGGACAGUUCUGUUGCUCCCUUGCGCAGGUGUUUAUACUUGGGAUGCCGUCGAAGAUCGCCUCGGUGUGGUUUGGAUCGGAGGAGGUGUCCACCGCUUGCUCCAUCGGGGUCUUCGGAAACCAGUUGGGUAUAGCCAUUGGGUUCCUAGUCCCUCCCAUCCUGGUGCCUAACGUUGAGGACAUGGAUCAGCUGGCCUAUCACAUCAGUAUCAUGUUCUACAUCACAGCAGGAGUUGCUACCCUGCUCUUCCUACUGGUCGUCAUGGUGUUCCAGGAGCGUCCGGAGCUCCCUCCCACCCAGGCCCAGGCCACAGCUCGCUGUAUCUCUCCAGAACAGUACUCCUACACCGCCUCCAUCCUCAGGCUGCUCCGAAACAAACCCUUCCUCCUCCUCAUCCUCACAUACGGACUGAAUGUGGGCUGCUUUUAUGCUGUGGGCACGCUACUGAACCGCAUGAUCAUCGAACACUACCCUGGUGAAGAGUUGAAUGCAGGGAGGAUAGGUCUCACCAUCAUUAUCGCUGGCAUGGUGGGAUCACUGAUCUGUGGCAUCUGGUUGGACAGAACCAAAACAUACAAACAGACUACCCUGACGGUCUACAUCAUGUCCUUCGUAGGGAUGUUGGUCUACGCCUUCACCCUCAGUCUUGGUCAUCUCUGGGUAGUCUUCCUCACCGCUGGAGCUCUGGGGUUCUUCAUGACAGGCUACCUGCCCCUGGGCUUUGAGUUUGGAGUGGAGCUGACCUACCCUGAGUGUGAAGGAACCUCUUCAGGCCUGCUCAACUGCUCUGCACAGGUGUUUGGUAUCAUGUUCACUAUCUGCCAGGGGAAGAUCAUAGAUAACUACGGGACGCUGGCAGGAAACAUCUUCCUCUGCGUCUUCCUCUUCAUUGGAUCGGUCCUCACAGGCUUCAUCAAGUCAGACCUGCAGAGACAGAAGGCCAACCAGUUAGCCAAGGCAGCUACUCUGUUCCAGGCGGAUGGAGAGCUCUCUGGUCAGCAGCAGGACUACGGGGCCACGGCUCUAAUCAACAAGCCAGACUGCCCUUCUGCUUCUCUUCAGGCUUGAUCACUAACCCAUAUACCCUAUAACCCCUACACUCUUAGCUCGAACAUCAGACGGGCCAAGGUAGGGGCACAGCCAACCAAUAAUCACCACACGCUUCCCUGUCAUUCUUCUCUUAGGAGUGAAUCCUAACUUUCCGCUUUUCCCAUUCGACAUCAGUGACCAAGUUUUAAGUUAGGAUUCUCUCUCCUGAACACCUUUCGCUUUUGACCAGGAACUUCCUGGAAGCUUUGUAGUGCAAAAAAAUCAUCUUUAAAUGUUUUGCUCCCAUUGGCUAAAAAUUGACUUUAGAUGAUCUAAGUGCUAGGAAGUUUUUGGGGAAAUUAAAAACUUAACCCUCAACCCCUCAUCUCAAUCCCGCUGUUCCAUUUUCACUUCCUUCUAAACUCUCCACGCUCCAGAUUACAUGAUUAGGGUUAUUUUCACCUACAGUAUGUUGAAUAAGAUGUAUGGGAUAAUCUUUUAACCUUGUGUUGUGCCUAGUACCUGUAUAUGUGUGUAUUUAUGUAGCGUGUUAUGUUUUUUUGUUCUUUUAGUUAUGUUGUGUUGCUAUGGAUACUCAAACAGUUGGUCUACUUGUAUUUCAGACUAAUACUGUUUUGCAUCAGGAUUUUAAAAAAUUCUGGUAACUUCUCCAGAUUUCCAGAAAUCCUGGUUGUAAGAUGCCUAGGAAUCAGAAGGGAAUAAGCAGAGAAUCCUCCAGCUGAUAUCUCUGGAAAACCUGGGGAUUCUGGGAAAGUUAUUAGAAUUUUGCAACCUUAAUCAGAAUAGUCUUUAGUUGGACUGUGAUUGGUGGAUUUGUUUUUGAUUGACAGGUCCCGUCAGACCCAGAGGAUGGGAACAUGUCUGCCCCCGCAGUCCUCGACGAAACCAGGUUUUAGAGGCGGACGAUCUGCUGGACACACACACACACACACAGUAAAUCACCAGUUUAUGACCACUUCCAUUUAACACUGGCAGCCCAUCAUUUUUUCACUAAUUGAAAAAGAUCUGACAUGAUUGGUCAAAAGACCAAUUAGUGCAGAGAAGAAAAAAAAUCAAUUGGGCUGCCUGUGGAAACUAAGCCUAAGUCUUCCACGCAGCCUAAGUCUUCCACGCAGCCUAAGUCUUCCACGCAGCCUAAGUCUUCCACGCAGCCUAAGUCUUCCACGCAGCCUAAGUCUUCCACGCAGCCUAAGUCUUCCACGCAGCCUAAGUCUUCCACGCAGCCUAAGUCUUCCACGCAGCCUAAGUCUUCCACGCAGCCUAAGUCUUCCACGCAGCCUAAGUCUUCCACGCAGCCUAAGUCUUCCACGCAGCCUAAGUCUUCCACGCAGCCUAAGUCUUCCACGCAGCCUAAGUCUUCCACGCAGCCUAAGUCUUCCACGCAGCCUAAGUCUUCCACGCAGCCUAAGUCUUCCACGCAGCCUAAGUCUUCCACGCAGCCUAAGUCUUCCACGCAGCCUAAGUCUUCCACGCAGCCUAAGUCUUCCACGCAGCCUAAGUCUUCCACGCAGCCUAAGUCUUCCACGCAGCCUAAGUCUUCCACGCAGCCUAAGUCUUCCACGCAGCCUAAGUCUUCCACGCAGCU